GUGAAGGAGCUGAUCAUGAAGGAGUUCGAUCCGUGGGCGGAUCUUGAGAAUGAUCUCUUCAGGAGAACCACUAAUCUCAACGUGCCCGCUUUGCUUGCCAUCGGCGGCUGGACAGACUCUGCCGGUGAUAAAUAUUCUCGCCUGGCAGCCAAUCCAACAGCCAGGAGCAACUUCAUCCGCCAGGCUGUGACUUUCCUGAAGAAGUACAACUUCAGUGGUCUCAUGUUUGACUGGAACUACCCGAAAUGCUGGCAGAGCAACUGCAAGAAGGGCCCUUCUUAUGACAAAUCCAACUUCGCGGCGUUCAUGCAAGAGCUCUCGGCAGAGUUCCGUCGCCAGGAUCCGCCGCUGAGGCUGGGAGUGUCCUUGUCUGGCUACGCGGAGGUGAUCAGGGAGGCUUACGACCUGAGAUCUCUGUCGGAGAGUGCGGACUUCAUGCCUGUGAUGACGUAUGAUUACCACGGCGCGUGGGAAGGCAAGACUGGACACGUGAGUCCGCUGUACGCGAAGCCCAAUGACAGAUUCCCGCAGUACAAUGUGGAUUACACGCUGCAAGAGCUGGUGAAAUUGGGUGCGCACAGAGAGAAGUUGAUCAUGGGCAUUCCCUUCUACGGACAAACGUUCACACUGAAGGAGCACAGCAGAGGAUCUAUUAUUCUUGAGGGUGUGGAGACUUCAGGAGCGGGAAAUGCUGGGGAAUUCACACGGCAGCCUGGCAUGAUGGCGUACUAUGAGAUCUGCGACAGGAUCAGGAAGCAGAAGUGGCAAUCUGGAAGGGACGCAGCUGAGAAGUCCGGACCGUUCGCCUGGAGGGACACGCAAUGGGUAGGCUAUGAUGAUCCCAAGAGCAUCGCUGUGAAGACGAAGUAUGUGAAAGAUCAGGGAUUCGGCGGAAUAAUGGCGUGGACAGUGGAUCUGGAUGAUUACAUGAAUAGAUGCUGCCACGAGUCCUUCCCUCUGCUGAAGGCAAUCAAUCGUGGCCUGGGCAGAUUGACGAGUCAGGCUCCGGUUUCGGGAGAUUGCACCCGACCUCCAACGCCUGUGACGCCAGUUCCUCCUGUUAUGACCACUGUUGGCGAGGGCGGAGUCGAUAGCAUGCAUCAUCACACUGAAUGGCCGUCUUACACGUCGACAUCCUCAACGGGCGCCACGGAACAGACGACCAGCUCUGCUUGGUGGACGACAACAACUCGCUUCACGACCAGAGCCACGACGACGACUGCCGCUCCAACAACUGCCGCCACGGUCAUUCCUCCGCCCGUGAACGUGAUGCCGAUGCCUCAUCCGGACCAUCGCAAGUGCGAGGGUCACGAGCACAUCCCCAAUGAGAAGGAUUGCUCAUCCUACUAUCGCUGCUCGCAGGGAGAAUUCAUUCUGCAACAGUGCGCGGCGGGAUUGCACUGGAACCAGGUGAAUAAUGUGUGCGAUUGGCCGGCGAAUGCCAAAUGCACGCAUGAUCUCAUCGUGCAGUCAACAACGCAAAGGACAACGGCUUGGACAACAUCUUGGACAACUCCCACAAUAACAACCAGGUUCACGAGUCCACCAAAGCGCACGACAACGCCAACGACAACAACUCAAGUGCAGUUCAUCACGCAUCCGACGGAGAAGCCCUCGAGUGCGCCGCCGUGCAUCUCUGGCCAGUACUAUCCGCACAAGGACUGCUCGAUGUACUACAUUUGUGUGAAUGGGAAGAGAGUGAUCCAGAGUUGUCCGCCCGGGCUUCAGUACCAAUAUCAGGCGUCGUCAUGCGACUGGGCGGACAAGGUGAAGUGUAUGUCCGUGAGGGAGUACCUGAAGAAGCUCGGCUCCAGUCUGAAAGUCCUGCAAGAGGGAGAUGUCUGUGCGGACGGAAGCUACGCUCCUUAUCCAGGCGACUGCACGCAGUAUCUGAGAUGCAUUCACAAUCGCUACGAUAUCAUGCAAUGCGCCGAUGGUUUGCAUUGGAAUGACAAUCUGAAGAACUGCGACUGGCCGAAGAGGUCAGGAUGCAAGGAUAGCAAGCCAGCGGACAAGCCGACAGGUUCUCCGGAUCACAGGGAGCCACAGAGGCCGGACAAGGAGGAAGAGAAGCCUCAGACGCAACCUCUGGACGGCGAGACUGUGCCGGAAUCGUCGGAGCUGAAGCCCUUCUCUGGCUACUACAAGAUGGUGUGCUACUUCACCAACUGGGCGUGGUACAGAAAGGGUGCUGGGAAGUACGUUCCCGAGGACAUCGACACGAAUCUCUGCACGCACGUUAUCUACGGAUUCGCUGUGCUUGACUACUCGAACCUGGUGUUGAGGACGCAUGAUUCAUGGGCAGAUAUUGACAAUAAGUUCUAUGAGAGAGUGUCUGGUCUGAAGAAGAAGGGCGUGAAGGUGAGUCUGGCUCUUGGCGGAUGGAAUGACUCUCAGGGAGACAAAUACAGUCGCUUGGUGAGAUCGCCAGCAUCCAGGAAGAAGUUCAUCGAUCACGCUCUGCUCUUCAUCGAGAAGUACGGCUUUGAGGGAUUGGAUCUGGACUGGGAGUAUCCGGUGUGUUGGCAAGUGGACUGCAAGAAGGGCUUCCCGGAUGAGAAACAGGGAUUUUCGGAUCUCGUGAGGGAACUCUCCGAAGCAUUCAAGCCCAAAGGAUAUCUUCUGUCCACGGCUGUGUCGCCCAGCAAGAUGGUAGUCGAUGCUGGCUAUGAUGUCCCAACGCUGGCGAAAUACUUCGACUGGAUCGCCGUGAUGACGUACGACUUCCACGGGCAGUGGGACAAGCAGACUGGCCACGUGGCGCCUCUGUAUUAUCAUCCUGAGGAUGAAGUGCCGCACUUCAAUUCCAACUUCUCCCUGCACUACUGGAUUGAGAAGGGCGCUCCGGCCAGGAAGAUCGUGAUGGGAAUGCCUCUGUACGGCCAGAGCUUCACGUUGGCUGACGCCAAGAACAAUGGACUCAACGCUAAGGCUCCUGGCCCUGGACAGGCUGGAGAGUUCACGAAAGCGGCCGGUUUCCUGGCGUAUUAUGAGAUUUGUGACAGGAUCAAGAACCGCGGAUGGCGAGUGGUGAAGGAUGAGCAGGGAAGAAUGGGUCCUUAUGCUUAUCAUGGCAACCAGUGGGUGUCGUUCGACGAUCAGGAGACGCUGAAGAGGAAGACGCAGCUGGUGAGGUCGAUGGAUCUCGGUGGAGGCAUGAUUUGGGCGCUGGAUCUCGAUGACUUCAAGAAUCGCUGCGGACAAGGCAAACAUCCUCUGCUGACUGUGAUCAGAGAGGGCCUGAGAGAUCCUCCAGCUGGUAAGGAGCCCGCUCCUGAGCCCACGACCACCGCGAAGCCAAUAGUUCCGUCCGUGGACAACCGAGUCGAUGAGGUAAUUCAGGAGCCCAAGCCUCCAGCUCAAGAGCAGCCGGCGCACUACACAGAAGAGACCUCGGAUUCUGGCCUGGAUUCCGGGGAGAUCUCGAACGAGGUUCAUGGCGACUUCAAGGUGGUGUGCUACUUCACGAAUUGGGCUUGGUAUCGCCAGGGAGGCGGGAAAUUCGUCCCCGAAGAUAUUGAUCCGGAACUCUGCACGCACAUUGUCUACGGAUUCGCUGUUCUCAAUCGGGAGACGCUCACGAUUCAGCCCCACGACUCUUGGGCAGACAUGGACAACAGGUUCUACGAGCGCGUGGUGGCGUUCAAGAAAAAGGGCGUGAAGGUGACCGUGGCCAUUGGAGGCUGGAACGAUUCUGCUGGCGACAAAUACAGCCGACUCGUACUCAGUCCUUCGGCCAGGAGUAAAUUCGUGCGCCACGUGAGGGAGUUCAUCGAGAAGUACGGCUUUGACGGCCUGGAUCUGGACUGGGAGUAUCCGGUGUGCUGGCAAGUGGACUGCAACAAGGGAUCUGCGAACGAGAAGGAGGGAUUCGUAGCGCUAGUAGGGGAAUUGUCGCGGGAAUUCAAGCCCAGGGGACUUUUGCUAUCUUCUGCCGUGUCGCCAAGCAAGAAGGUCGUUGAUGAGGGAUACGAAGUCGCAGCGCUGUCGCAGCUCUUCGACUGGAUCGCCGUGAUGACUUAUGACUUCCACGGACAGUGGGACAAACAGACUGGCCACGUGGCGCCGAUGUACUAUCAUCCAUUGGAUGUGGAGUCGACAUUCAAUGCGAACUUCUCCAUCAACUACUGGCUCCAGAAGGGCGCCGAUGCCAAGAAGAUCGUGAUGGGAAUGCCGAUGUAUGGACAGUCCUUCUCGCUGGCCGAGGGAAAUCGCCACGGACUGAACUCUCCGACGUAUGGAGGAGGAGAAGCUGGUGAGGCGACGAGAGCGAGAGGAUUCUUGGCCUAUUAUGAGAUCUGCUCGAACAUUCGGCAAAGGAAUUGGCGCGUUGUGCGGGACAAGAAGGGUAGAAUGGGUCCAUAUGCGUACAACAGGGAUCAGUGGGUGUCAUUCGACGAUGUGGCGAUGAUUCGGCACAAGAGCGAGUACGUGAAGGCGAUGGGAUUGGGAGGAGCGAUGAUCUGGGCGCUGGAUUUGGACGAUUUCCGCAAUAUCUGCGGCUGUGAGGAGUAUCCGCUGCUGAGAACCAUCAACAGAGUGCUCAGGGGAUACUCAACUCCAGCGCCGAACUGUGUUCUGGAGACGCAGACUGAGUAUGAGGAGGAUGACAAGAGGCCUCAGACCUCGACGACGACGACGACCACAGAGAGAGUGACGACGAAGAGAACCACACCAACGCCGCCGAAGAGAACCUCCACAGCAGCGCCGGAGGCUGAGAAGCCUGCUCAGGAGGAGCCAGAGUCUGAGCAAUCUGAGGGAGAGACUCUGGAGAACCGAUCUUGCUCAGGAGAUGCACUGAUGGCUCACGAGAGCGACUGCAACAAGUACUACAUUUGUCAGUUCGGACACUACGCCAUCCAGAGAUGCCCGAUGAAUCUUCACUGGAACAGGGAUCACUGUGACUGGCCAGACGCGGCCAAGUGUGAACCAUCGUCUGGGAGCACUACUAAGCGUCCUCUGGCCACGAGGAAGACCACCACACAGCCCUCAAGCACAACUGAGAUCACUCCGGAGAUAGUGACUGAAAAGACAACGUUGAAGCCGGAAUCCCGACCGGAACUGCCUCCGAUUUCUGCUCCUCAGGAUCCAGGGGCGAUGAAGGUGGUAUGCUACUUCACCAACUGGGCCUGGUAUCGACCGGGAGAGGGAAAAUACACUCCUGAUGACAUCGAUGCCAGUCUCUGCACGCACAUCGUCUACGGAUUCGCUGUCCUGAACCGCGACACGCUGACGAUCAAGACGCACGACUCCUGGGCAGACAUCGACAACAGGUUCUAUGAGCGCGUGGUGGAGUACAAGAGGAAGGGCAUCAAGGUGACAGUGGCCAUUGGCGGAUGGAAUGAUUCGCUGGGAGACAAGUACAGUCGACUGGUGAGGAGUCCUCAGGCGAGGGCGAACUUCGUGCGGAAUGUCGCGGAAUUCAUCGAGAAGUACGGUUUUGAUGGACUGGAUCUGGACUGGGAGUAUCCAGUGUGCUGGCAGGUGGAAUGCGACAAGGGUUAUCCGGAUGAGAAGCAGGGCUUUGCGGAGCUGGUGAAGGAACUCGCGCAGGAGUUCCGCCCUCGCGGAUGGCUUCUGUCCUCGGCAGUGUCGCCCAGCAAGAUGGUGAUUGACAAGGGCUACGACGUGCCCACGCUGGCGGACUACUUCGACUGGAUCGCCGUGAUGACUUACGACUUCCACGGACACUGGGACAAGCAGACUGGCCAUGUGGCGCCGCUCUACUACUACCCGGGCGACACCUAUGACUACUUCAACGCCAACUUCUCCAUCAACUACUGGAUCGAGAAGGGCGCGCCGCCCAGCAAGCUCGUGAUGGGGCUUCCGCUGUACGGCCAGAGCUUCAGUCUGGCGGACGCCGGGAAGCGCGGCGUGAACGAGAAGAGCUACGGCCCGGGCGAGGCGGGAGAAUUCACCAGGGCGGGCGGCUUCCUGGCGUACUACGAGAUCUGCCAGCGCACUAACAACGGCGGAUGGACAGUCGUGAGAGAUCCGCAGGGCAGAAUCGGGCCGUACGCGUACAAGGGCUCGCAAUGGGUGUCGUACGACGACGUGAGCGAGGUGCGCCGCAAGGCGCAGUUCAUCCGCGAGAUGAAGCUGGGCGGCGGCAUGAUUUGGGCGCUGGAUCUGGACGACUUCCGCGGGCGCUGCGGCUGUGGCAAGCAUCCGCUGUUGAGGACUCUCAACCAGGAACUGAGAGCAAUCUCUGGCCAGAGAGCCAACGACUGCACAUGAGCAAUUUGUAUUACACGCAAUAAACAGAAUCUCUAAUCUACAUCUCAAUCAACUCUGCCUGUUUCUGGAGCGCAGUUUAGAGAAGAUGAGUGAAAUCCAGGGCAAUGAGAGAUAAUUGCGGGAGAGUUUCUGACGGAGAAAGUCAAGAGCGGAAGCGCUCAAUUUCAUUUCAAG